AACACAAAUCUCUUCAGGAUGGAAAGGUCUAGUGCAAUGUUUUGCAAGUCUAACUGGAUAUUGCUUUCAGUGUGCUGCUUCGUGUUCAGAUUUUCCAAAGAAGUUGCUGGCCAGGAUCAAAGAGGAACUGAGUUCAUGCUAUCGUUCAUAGACAUCCCAUCAACCGAAGGGAACCCGCUUUUAUUUAUCUCAAGUGAGGAGAGAGCAAAUGUCAAUAUCACCAUUCCUCUGCUUGGGUGGGACCUGAUGAGAACACUUGAACCUGGCCAAUCUUGGAAGAAAACACUGCCGAGAGCGUUGAGGUACAAUGAUUUUUUUACAGCCUCACAUUCGGCAGUGUACGUCACAUCCUCAUCAUCUGUUUCAGUCUAUGUCUACGAUGGUAUGAAAACCAAAGCAUCUGGAUACAUGGCCCUUCCUUUCCAUGCCUUGUCAACCUCGUACAUUGCAGUAACAUACGGUCGUAUGCGUUCUGAAAACGAAAAACCAGUGAUGCUGAUUAUAGCUAUCAUGGACCAAACCACAGUGGACGUUUAUUACAAGAUUCCUAGCGGUGACAAAUGCGGUGUUCUUGAAAACGGUGAUACUUCGAACCACGUCCUUGACGCCUAUGAUGUUUAUGGCAUGGCUUGUAGUGGAGAUUUUACUGGAACGAGAAUUGUUAGCGACAAGCCUGUCGUUGUCAUCUCAGGUCACCAGAACAUUGGCGUCUUCGACAAUUCAGGUUUGGAUACUAUACAAGAGAUGCUAAUUCCAGAAGAACACUUUGGUCUGAAUUACGUCCUUAUCAAACAUGGCUCGAAAGGAACCAUCAACAGAAUUGUCUCUGCCUCGGACAACACCCAGGUGAACUCCAGCAUUGGUUCAUCCUUCAACCUGAACGCAUUUGAGUACGUGGACAUCGACACAGAUGACGGCGGCCAGCAAUGUAUCAGCUCAAAUAAUCCUAUUCUUGCUAUCUCAUUUGGAAAAUCUACGAAUAAGAAAACAACUGGGGAUGCCUCGAUGUGUAUUUUAACUGCUAAUAACAGGUUUACGAGAAGACUAUUUUUGGAUUUUGGUCUAACUGACAUGAUCGGUGUGAGCGUGCAUAUGUACGUUGUCUCGGUCAUCCGCCGCGCAGAUGUUGGAGGUGACGUAUUUUCUCCAGGAGUGUCCAGGGAGGUCAUCCCCACAUGUCAGUAUGAUGUUUUAACGAUGAGGGUGGACGAGUGGCCUCUCUCCGUUGGUGAUGGCGCUAUGGAAUUUGGUUCAUAUCUCUAUGGUACAACUGAGGACAUGCUUAAUGGCAUAUCCUUUCCUCUCAACAUGAAGUUUGCUACUGCUGGUCAAGAUCAAAGAGGGACGGAGUUUAUGAUGUCAUUUAUUCACGCCAAUAAGAAUACCGGUCACGUGAUCCUCCUAAUCUCAGCUGAAAAUGGAGCUUUUGUGACGAUCACCAUCCCACUUCUGAGUCAACGCCUCACAAAGGACAUAGCACCCGGGGAAACAUGGAAGCCUCACCUACCCACAGAGUUGAGGUACACUGCUUAUUUUACAACUGUGGCAUCUGCCGUGAAUGUCACUUCUACAUCACCUGUGACAGUGUACGUCUACGAUGGGGUUCCAAUCAGAUCCUCUGGAUACAUGGCACUUCCUCUACACGCGCUGUCCACGUCCUAUGUCGCAGUUACAUACAUUGGUCAGAUGAACACUGCUUAUCCUGUGUUCCUUCUUGUUGCCAUCAUGAAUGACACCACAGUGGACGUUUUGUACAGGCUUUCCAGUGGUGAAUGUGGUGAACGUACAACUGGGGAGUCUUCUAGCCACACCCUCCAAGCAUAUGACGUUUAUGGUCUACAAUGUACUGGGGACUUCACGGGGACGUAUGUUGUCAGUAACAAACCUUUCGUGGUUAUCUCUGGACAUCAAUUAAUGAAUAUAAGUGGAUCUAAUGUUGAUACUCUUCAAGAGAUGUUGAUUCCUGUUGAUCAGUUUGGUCUGAGUUAUGUCCUGAUUAGUCAUUAUGGCAGCGCAAGGGGAUCCAUCAACAGAGUCGUUUCUUCUUCUGACAACACCCGGGUCGUGUCCAGUACUGGAGCUGUCUUCCUACUUAAUGCGUACGAUUAUGUGGACAUUGACACGGAUGAAAGUGGGCAGCAAUGUAUAAACUCAAAUUUUCCAGUUCUUGUGGUUUCCUUCUGCAAGUCGAAUAACGCUGAGAAGUUUGACCAGAGGCUAGCAGAUGCAGCGAUGUAUCUCGUACCCGCAACCAACAUGUUCACCACAAGCAUAUAUGUCGACUAUGGCCUAGCUAUCGAGCUGGAUGUAGCUGAAUAUGUGAAUAUCGCCUUUGUGUUUAACAGACAGGAUACUCCCGACUUUUCAGCUUCUACAAUUGUCCACGAGGUCAUCUCAAGCUGCCCUUAUGACGUGUACACAAUGACAGUAACAGAAUGGCCAGUCGUGUUCUCUGAAGGUUCCCUCAAAUUUGGCGCUUACCUCUAUGGCACAAAUAAAAACAAGUAUAAUGGAGCAGCUUUACCUCUCAAUAUGAACUUUGGUAACAAACUUGUGGCGGCUUCUUCUUCUUCUUCUUCUUAUUUUACCUCACGUUCUUUUUCUUCUUCUCUUUCCUUUGCUUCUCCGUCUUCCUCUCCUUCCUUUUCGUCUUCUCAUAUUUCAAAGAAUGUGGAUGUCAUUGCAAGACCCAUGUUCCUUGGAACAUCACCGAGGAGCUGUUUGGGAUGUUACGGAAAGACAUUAUGGACCUUCUUCUUCUGGAGACUAAGAACCUAUCAAAGACUAUCAGGAAGCUGA